AAUUGAUUGUUUAUUAUAAGUAUUUUAGUUUUAUAUAACUAAAAAUGUACUCUUUUAUUUUGAUUGUCCUCUCAAUAUUCGCUGGCGCGCAAUGUCAAAUCUUCGCACCCUAUCCGAGGGCAGUACCUGCCAUGGUGCCAAGCUGUCCCUGCGGAAAUCCCGCUCCAGUGCCAUUGCCAGUUCCAGUGUCUGUACCGGCUAUGUUGCCAGGCCGACCAUGCGCCAAUCCGCCACUACCUGCCAUAGUGCCAGCGUGCGGCUGUGGCAAUCCUGCGCCAUUACCAGUACUAAAAACACCUUUGGGUUACGAGCCGGCGUUUAAUCCCGUAAUCGAAGCUCCAUUGCCACUGUCUCUGGCGAUUGGCAAUCCAUUUCUGCCAGCUGCGUCGCCAGUGUCCGCGUUGGCACCAUUCUCGCCAUUACUGCCGCCUGCCAACACGUGUAGCCGUUGCCAAUAUCUAAAGAAGAUCCCUAUCCCACCUCCUUGUAUCUAAAUGGUGUGUUUAUUUAUUUUAGUUUUUGAAUAAAUUAU